AUGAGUGAAGAAGACGCGAGUUCUGCACCCAAGGUUCAGGCGCAAGUCGCGGAAAAUAAUGACAAGUUUGGGAGAGUGUCGGCAUCGGACUCCCUUAGUAGAACAACUACUAUAAACGGUAGUUACAUACCCUAAAUUAGCAAUCUCAAUCAUAAUAUCAAAUUUAAACCUUAUGAUUAUACGCAUUAAUUUUAGAUGAAAAGGAACUUUUGAAUGUUUCCUUUUUAUCCAAAGAAAACAGUUUUGCCCAAGCAGAUAAGCUUGGCCUUGAAAGUGAAGCCUUAAACAUGGGUGCAUUGGAAGAAUUUUGUAAGUCACCAAGACCCUUUAUUGCUUAAGCGAAGAACAACAAUGCUAUAGAGCUGCCGACAAUAUACACAGGAAAGGUGAACGUCAAAUUUCCUUAUAGCACUACAAUGACGAUUACCAAAUUACCGAAAAAUAUACCAUUCGAGGAACUGAAGCGACUGAUCGCCAUCGAGUGUGACGACAGCUUUAAGAAUAUAAAGCUCCUAUAUAAUGGAAAAAUCAUAACAAAUACAAUGACUCCGGCAACUACAUUCAAAAAUGCAGAUGAGGCCAAUGACCUGAAGUGCCACAUUAAGGAUCCUUCAAAAACAACCAAAAUAAAGUUGGGUUCCAGAAAGUUGAUGCUGACAGAAAAGGAGAGUGUCGAUGUAUACGUAUUCAAGAACGAAAGAGAAUAUGAAGAUGGCGAACCAGACCUCUUGUCCAUAUUUUUAACAAAUAAAUCUGGCAUAAAAGUUAACAGAGUCAUCGAGAUUAAUUGGAUGUCAAAAGAACGUCAUAAACCCUUUCUGGGUGGAUACAAGAGCAAACUGGACGAGAGGGUGUUUCAUAACGCCUCGGCUCAGACACUUCCAAAGCCUAUCCGUAGACCACCAGUUCCGAUGUUUUCAAGAGAGACCCAGACGUACAAAAUGAAGCAUGCCACGCAGGAAACUCUUCAUGAUUCGUCAACAGCAAUGACAAAAGUGGGCUUUUACUACAGCAAUGCAACUGAUAAACUAGUUGUACCAAUGCAAUACGAAACGGCUGAUAAGUAUGCCGAAAGAGUUCUAGGACAGGUAACGUACUAUUUUCAACUUUUCAUAUUGUUGGCUUUUCUGUUGGAAUUGCGACCACAGGGCAUAAAGUUCACUUAGGUCGUACGCAUACAAUUAGCUAGGACAAUAAAUGUGAGCUAAUUUCGAGCAAGAAAUCGGACUCACAACCCAGUUUUACGGUUUUUUCUAGGUCACUGUUAACCUGGUCAACGUUUGCACGCAUUUUUUAUGAUCUUUUAGAGAAAAAGUAAUAAUAUGAAAGUAAACAUGUUUCGGGCACGGUUUCAGAGCGUGCGAUGGCAAGAAAAUGCUAGCAUUGCUGUAAGUUUCUUUAACGUUAGCUGCGGUGCAAAGUCACAAAUGUAUUUGCCUGUGAGCCACUUCUCACGACGAAGCCACUGAUGUGUUGUGUGAAACGAUAUAUUGUUUGGAAAUGAGGUCUCUUUUUACGUAAAGUUUAUUUCCCUGUUUUUGCAAACUUUUUGAUUUAAUGAGCACUGUCACUUCAAUGGCCAAUCAUGAUCUGUUGUCUUGAUCUUUGUACUUCGUAAAGUUCAAAAGUUUCUUUGCUGAUGUCUGCUUGUCCAUUGCAACGCACAGUAUUUCAGUUUCGAUCUGGAACUAGUAUCCCAAUAUCUCAAAGUACCGGACUAAACGCCUUCGUCCUUUGUUAACACAGAAGCUCUAACACAAUGAGCCUAAUGCUUUUUAAAUCAAAGAUAUUAGCCAGUCCAUCUUGAAACAUAGAAAGUUAAUCUUUUUACCCAAAAGGAAGCGGGUUUAAAAUUUGUUGUUGUGAUAACCGAAAAUGCUUUAUGUAUAACCAGGAGGAACAAGGCUGCCGUCAGACACCGAACUCAUUCAGCAACAAUGUUUGAUGACUUAGUAAUUCUACCCAGAGAUCGGAGCUUAACUUAGAAGGAAAAAAGCUAAAGACAGCAUCCGAUCCGAAUUGUUUGUCAAAAUCCGUGCAAGUCCCGUAAGACGCUUGUUUCAGGCAACGUAAUAAUUUUGUCAAUUGAAGCAAAGAUGUGAUUUCCAGAAAGCAUUUAGAAGGAAGGAUAAAUAAUCACUGGAACCAUUACAACAGGAAACAUCUGAAGUUGCUUACCGGGUCUUUUGCAGUUUUUGGCAAAGAAGUUAUAUCAGAAAACAGGAGACCUGCCCUGCAUCACCAGUAAGGAGGAACGCCGUCAACUUUCGGGUUGCGGCGUGAGCUGCAUAUUGCUCGAGUCAUGGUUUUCCGGCUGUCAGUCACUUAAGAGGCGUAAUGGCUUCCCAUUUAUAUUAAAUGCUGAAACUUUGUCUAGGCAAAGAAGUUGGCUACGCAGGAAGCGCGCUGAGGAUCACUAUUUCCAGUGUCAGAGUUGGUUUUCUAAAUGAUCGACGAACCCACACGAGUAAGAACAUUGCGAAACUUAACGGCCAGACUGCGGACCACGUGCAACCACCUGCGACUGAUAUGGGGGCCGCCUCAUUUUGUUAGAUAUUCAAAGGCAUAGCAAGUGCUAACGGCGGUACCUGGACUAUUAAGCCAUCAUCGUACCAUGCGCAGCUAUCUGCAAUGAAUGCAUGAGCUGCCAAUUUCGGUCGGGAGGCGGUGGUGUUCUGCUAAGCUUCGCCGAAACUGGGGGCGCAUGGGUACCCAAAACACACUGUCAGACCGCGUUGCCUGUCUCGGCGAAAGCUUUAAAGCCACAAAGGACAGUGUAUUUUAACGAUUUCGGCUCAGUCGCCAUGAGUGGGCACGAGUUUUUGCAGAACUUGUUCCUCAACUAGUCCGGGUUGAUCUUUGAUGGGCGUAGACGAUGAUGACGGGGGCUAAUUUUGCUCCCUGAAGAGACAGGCCAAGGACCAUGAGACAGUCGUCAGCGCUUUGUGACAGACAGAGUAACUGCCCAACAAUGUCGUUUCGAAUGGCAAGGGCGAAUCUAGUGUCACGUUUUGCUUUUGAGCGUCUGCUCCAGAAGAUGGUGCAACCGGAACCUGCGUCCUCUAGCUAACCCUAUUUGGAGAAUUGAGCCUUACUGAGGGCGACAACUUUCACCCUAUGAUGCGCCAUUUCUCAUGUGAUUAGCGUUGGUUACUCCAUGGAUUAUCCAAAACAUCAACUUUUCAGGCUCUCAGAGUGGUCAACUGCAGCCUAUCAACCUGUGGGGUGAGACGGAGAGGAGGGAGCAGCGGUUUUUGUUUGGUUGAUUGUCUCGAUCCACAGUCAGAGUGCAGAUGAAGUGAUCCUAGAACUUUUUAGGGUACCUUCUAUAGCCUCCUCCCACUCGAGGUUGUUAAGAGUGCUAUUCCUAAGUCGGGUUGCCCAAACAUGCCGGACACUUGUGGAACUGCAGUAUGACCUACGGCUUUUUUAGUGUUAGAGCAACCCGAUUUAACCUGACAGUUCGGCCGUUGAUUCCGACGAUGUCAGCCGUGUGCUACACAGCAAGGUGCAACAGGCACGGCGACUUGCGCGUGAAUUCGUUUAUAGUGGUAGUAGAUUUGCACAGCAUCUUUCGCACUCCCUCUUUCCCAUUACCCACCUGAACCCGGUGUCAAGACAGAGUCAAGAAGAUCGGAGGCGGAGAGGGCGCAGGUGGCUGGCACGGCAGGACCCGCACCUAGGCGUGCUACCACACCAUACACUUGGCCAGGAUUUUUCACCAACAACAACAAAAACAUCCCAACAGGGAUCAGAAGGACGAGGAUGAUGACUGGGCGGCCAUACCCGCCGCUUGUUUACCCAGCGGGAGCGCAAGCGCAUCCACCGUCAGAAAACCAGGUGUCAGGAAAGUGCCAGUGCAAACCAGGCUGCGAGGGCCAUGGUCUGCUGAUAAUGGCAUAGCGCACGCUUUCAGACCUCUUGACCACCAUCACCACCACCACCACCACCACCACCACUGGCAUAGCAAGCGCUUUCAAUCCUACGGCUUUUUUAGUGUGAGAGCGGCCCGACUUAGCCUAAAAGAUUGCACUUUGGACUCUCCCCAGGCGUUUUUGAAGUAAACGGAAGGAGGAAGGAUUGCAAGGGGAGCAGAAUUACCGGGUGUGGAGUCAAAUAAUACCAGAUCCCCUCAUCUAAUUUAGUACGCGGUCGAGACGGUUACUCGGGAGGUCGCUGAUAGGUAGAGUCGAGUUUUGAACGGCCACAGAUGAGAGCUAAGUGCCAGUUGAAGACAGUUCGGAGCAAGUGACGCAGCCUACUACACCAACGCGGUUUUCUUUCCAACAAGGCACUCCUACACCCCUUUUGUAAUAUGUGAAAGUAAUACUCGCCAUCCUACAGUUUUUCAGUCCUCACGUCAUAUUCUGCGCUGAUAAUUUCCCUAGGCUAGGUAGGUAGCCACUCGAGGAGCGCGCGAACGACCACUAUUCCCCGUGCCAGAGCCGUUGAGUCAAAUUGCUCAAGGAUCUACAAAGGGGAUGAGAUUUCGGCAGUCCACAACUUGCCUUCGGGAAAUUAGCACUUAUCGCACCACGCGCAACCGCCUGUUGAGAAUGUGGAAGCCGUCCAAUUUUGCUACUGUUGAUAUGCUCUCUCACGAAAUGUUGGCCGGAAUGCCAUGACUUGUUUUCGAUCAGAACAGACUAUUUAAGAAGCGUUUUAGUAUUGUUUGCCCUGCAACAUAAUCCCCAAAUAUUUCAGUCGGCUUUUGAACGAGCUUCUUUCUGACCGCCUGCAAAAAUUGCCAUCUGCAAUGGGUGACUUCCAAAGUAGUGAGAAUAUUUCCCACCAGUCUUCGAGGCCCUAAGAAACUCAAAUAGCUUUUUUACGGAAAAAAAUAUUCUUUGUAUUCACGUGACAGCCAAUCACGUCUUAUUCAAAGUUUGUACUUUAUGAAAGAGUAUCUUUAGGAUGCAUGGCAACUGCAUCCUGUAAAUGCUGCAACAUCUGUGCAGCACAAUACUCCCGUCUGAUUCUGUCUCUUAUGAUGGAGUCAAGUGUGAAUCCGGAACGUCAGGAGAACAAAGGUCGGUAACAAUCGGGAGAUGGCACACAAAAAAUCCCCCUAACCAAACCAGCCUUUCUUACGGGACAGGUGGUAAUAGGGGUUUUAGGGGUGGUGGCUGGUCGGGAUGUACGAUACUAGUCGACGGAAAGCCUUAUUUGAACAGAUUAAUGAUCGAAGUUGGCCCGCUCUCCGUUCCGUUAUUACACAAUGGAUCACCAGUGUAGUGAUAACGGUGUAGUGAUAACGGUGUAGUGUAGUGAUAACGGCAGUGUAGUGAUAACGGUCGAGUGGAAGGCGUAUAAUCGUCUUCCCUCAGAAGGUUAUCUACAUUUCUCUGUUAAACACUCAAAGAACUUCAAGGACCCUACCACCGGCGGGCGCACCAAUGCCAUUGAGGCAUACUGGAGUAGACUGAAAAGGAAACUCCACGAGGGAGGCCCUGUAUGUGGUCGAGCUGUGUGGGCUCACAUAGGCGAAAUUCAGUAUCGUCUUUGGUUUGACCUCAAUGCCAUGUCUUUGACAGAUGCCUGGUAACUGUUCCUUUCCCAUGUUGUGCAGACGUAUCCUACUUAAAAGUGCUUUUGUUUUGUAAUAAACUGUCAUAAUGCGAAUGUAUGCCGUAUAUUCAGGUGUAUGUGUAACGAUGGGGAAGGUUGGGUAACAGCGACCAUCGUCCAUGUAACCUCCUGCGAUGUUCAUUCGGUCAGUCCAUGUUAGGCCGUCGGGGAAAGUCAAAGUAAUGCGUGAAAGUAGGCCUGCAACCGCUGAUUUAGCCUGAAGGCGUUUGAAUCGACUGUUAGAGGUAUUAUUUCUAGGUAACGGACUUUUUUGGGUGCCAUCUUCCGAUUGUUACCCAAAGGUCUUGUUAUACCGUGGAACUUUAACCAAAUCAGCACCGGGAAUUACAGUCGGUGGCUGAUAAUUGAUACCGGUCUUGGAACCGGUUGGACACCAGUCAACGAACUAGCUAAUCCCUUUUGUUUUUAUCGUGGCGAUGAAUUCAUUGAAGUCUUUGGGAGCCAUAUCACCACGGUAGAGCAUGCAGCAAGCUAUGUACUUCUCAUGUCGUGGAUCGCAUUUGAGCAUCUGAUUAGCAUGCUCAAAGCAGUCGUUGGUGAUUCCCGAUAUGCUCACCUGUUCGUGAUUGGUCUUCUUGGCACAAAUGGUUGGUGCGUAAGUUACCAGUGGGAAGUGAAUUCGUGGUCAUAGCAGCAGGUUUGCCUGCAAUUCGAAGAGGCCGACAUUCAAUAAACCGUUGAAUCGGAGGUUAGCCCUCAUCGAACUGACCACUUCUCCAAUCAGACGGUUCAGAUUGGUGUAAGUUGGUCGUUCAUUAUCUAGACUGCGCCUGUAAUUCUCACAAACUGUCUCGUUGUCGAAAAUCUUGCAACAGCCUGCGUAUUUGAAGGCUGUGUGCGGGUACAGAGGGACGUUGUUCGGUUCAGCGAUAUUGGCAGACAUCUGAUUACAUCUAUGACGAACUCGACUACGAAUCCGAAAUGUCAGGCAAAAAAAGGUCUUGUCAUAGCGAUGAUAUUCCCCUCUUCAAUAACGCAGUAAAUUUUCAUGCAAGACCUCUUAGGGUGGUAGUGGUGGUCACAUCAUUUUUCCGUUUAUUCACCGUCUUAAGGAGAAACUAACACCUUUCAUGGAUUUUCAACCUUCAUUUUACAGUCUUGAUAUGCGGGUCGCGAGGUUUUCCUGCAUUUUGGCACUUUGCAAAGUGAACGAUCUCUAACACCGUAUACUGCCUUCGUGGCUCUUUUCGCGGAAGAUUUUUUGACCGGACAUUUGUUCUCAUCCACGGAGGCGGGGGCAGAGUCUGACCUUUGACCGCGAUGACAGUAGCAGAUGUCUUUAACAAAGCAGUGAAUUGCCCUUUAUACUACCUACUGAUAUAUUCCUGCCAGACAGUGGGCGUGGACCAUAAGUUGCCCAAACCCAGUCUCCCAGCCAUGCUAAGUUCACCAGACAAAUAUUACACCCGUGUGAUGGCCUACUGAGAUCCAAAAUCGGAAGGUGCGUGCGAAAACGCGAGCGCCAUGAGAUCUAUCUGAUUGAUCUUUCGAUACGUACUCGAACACUAAAUCGGACGCCGAGGCGGUGAGAAACAGAGACGCAAAUGUAAGCGAAUAGGUACGAGGUGGGGUUGAUGUGCAGUUCAUUUGUUUUGGCUACUGAAUCCCGCUCCGACCAUCAGCAUGAAUAAUUACCCUUCACGAAUGAAGGCGAAAUUUCGAGUUUCAGGUGUAUGCAUAGGUGAAGAAGAAGCUCCGAGCACCGGAACACUGGUUGUGCGACGAGGCGACGCAUUAUCACAAGUGGCCGCCCACAUCUACGAAAUGGGUCACGAGCUUAACUUCGCAGCCACCAAAACAGUCGACCACGCCGGAAACAAAGCAGGCCGAGAAUUGAUUGAAGCCUGGGCCUCGUAUGAGAACUCGGUCAAUCGAUUUAUCGAUCUAGCGCCGGCGUACAGAACCCUGCGUAGUCACCUCCAGUCUUGCACCGUCGGUCAAUGAUGGGCUUCAAUGCCCUAUAACUGUCGCUUGUUCUGUUGCUGCCACUACCUCUGACGAUGGACUCCUGUACGAGUCUGAAAGCUCAGGCCAAUAAACAAAGUGUUCCUGUGCUCGAAUCUUCUUCUUCACUUAUAAUUACCCAUUUAGUCGGGCUACCUGUGUCUUCGGUGUGUGCUUGACGCUCCUUCAGAAGUAAAAUUGGUCGUAGCCUGUCCUCUCGCAUAAAAUACUCUAAUUUCUUCGUUGGGCGAGCCACUGGGCAUCAGCUGGAGUCGCAGAACAAGAAGCAGGAUGACCACACGGAGCGGUUUCUGUUGUUGCGUUUUGUUAUAUGGUUGACAAGAAAUGUUCUCAGGCACUGUGUAUAACUUCAAUGGAUAUUUCUCUUGCAUUCUCAAAUCAUAUAGUCUUUUCACUGUCCUCUCACCGUUUCUCACAUGACUUUGCCUGAUGAAUAACGCAAUAUGCUAGACUAGGAUUCGCCGGCGACAUUUCUGCCUUUGACCGCGUUUACGAAUUGAUUAAAUUUCAUUAGCUUGCGCUACUAAGCUGUAGGUAUGAUUUUCCCUCAGUUAUCCUCAUGGUUAAUUAUACCAAACAAGGACAUUGCAGUUUUGAAGGUCUCCUCGUGAAGCGUUGUCCUUCCCGGCGUCAAUUCUUUCCUUUGUCCUUCCCUUAUCUCCUUGUCCUAUUUCUCUCUUAUAUUUUGAAUCUUACUCUUUGCCUAUUGCAACAAAACAGCGUGAACCACUUUGAUAGUAUGUCAGUAGCUUAGAGGAAAGCCCUGACAACGAUACAUUUUGGGUUCACGGAGGUGUAAGCGGUGUUUUGUCAGCCAUGCGUUAACCAUAUUGUUCUAACUGCCAGCUUAUUUCCCUUGCGCAAUCCCUGAUAUUUAUUUUCCGUGCAAGGCUUCAAAUUCAAUAUUCCAGACCCAUCGAGUGAUCAUCUUAACGACCGAACCUUCAGAACCCUUCCUCCACCCAGUCGACUGUCGAUAUUGCUCACAUUUUUAAACUGAAAUAAUUUAAAACAAAUAUCAGUGUCAAAAGAAAAGGAGGCGUUCACCGGGAGAGGUGUAUUCGAGGUCCGAAGUUUCAAGUAGUCUUUCCUUAUACCCAUCUUCGGAGACUGAGAAGUCAUGCACACAGCUUUCUUCAUAUGGCACACUUUGUUUGAUGCCUGACCCGCCAAUACCGCCUGUGUGGCUGCAUCCGACCUGCAUGUCACCGUGACCUUCGGAGCCGUAAUCGUCACCGUGCCCGUGACCUUCGGGGCCUUGACCAUGACCGUGACCAAGGCCGGACAAUCGGGGCCGUCAACUAUUGCCGCGGCCGACGAAAAUGGACGGGAUUCAGGUCACGGUGACAUGCGGGUCGGAUGCAGCCACAUAGGCGGCAUUGGCGGGUCAGGCAUCAAACAAAGUGUGCUAUAUAAGGAAGGCUGUGUGCAUAACUUCUCAGUCCCUGAAAAUGGGUAGAAGAAACGACCACUCGAAACGUCAGACCCCCAAUACAUCCCUCCUGGUGAACGCCUCCCUUUCUUUUGAUAUGCCAUCUGGGAAUUGCAUUUUCACGUCUACUAAAUAUCAGUGUGUGACAGAAGUCAGCCAUAUUCAUCGUUUAAAUGCAUCUUUACGAUUUCUUUCAAGGUCAUAAUCAUUCAGCGCUACGUGCGACGUUGGUUGGCCCAGCGCAGGGUUGCUCGUCUGCGUCGCCAGCGUGAUCUCUACGACCAAUGGGUCGCCGAGCAGGAAGUUGUCGAGAAGGAGGAGCGGGACGGCCGCUUUGGUCGGGACUACGAACAUCGACUGCAUCCGAGACGCCGUGCGGACUUUGACCGUCUCUUUAAUGCGCUAGAGCAGUGGCGCAAAGAGGAGGCCAGCAAAAUCUACGCCACGACGAAGAACCUGGCCGAACGUAAGGCGGCCCUAGCACUGCUGUUGGACCGCGAGGUGGAACUCAUUACAUCCAUCAGUCGUCAUCAAAUUGAGAUCUCCAAGAAGGGCCGUCUACGGGCUCAGGAGCAUAUGUUGGAGAAGGCGGCUGCAGCCAAGCGCUGGACGGCAGCCCACGACGGUAAGCCCAUAGAACGCGACACUCCGGAGACCCUGCGCGCCCGAGAACUGCUAAUCAUCUACCAGGGUCUGAAGUCCGACUGCCUGUCUGAAAAUGAGCGCAUGGACUUGCUGCUGUCCGUGAAGAAAAUUGUGCAAGAGUACCCCAGCAAGCUCUGUUGUGAACUGAUCUUUCUGAUUGAACGCGAGACUGAGAUGAUCGUCCGACGGGUACCGGCUUGCCAACUGUCCGGCCUCCGGGCUCGAAUUGUUCAGAGAUUUGUGCAGUUUUGCAAGAAACCGGAGUACAAUCCCGGCAUUGCCGACUACCUACCUCUGCCAAAUCUUAAGUACCUGCCUGAAUCACGGGCCAAGAUGUGGGCGAACACCUUCUGUUGCAAGUCUUGCGGACGAUACCUGCGUCUGGAGGAGUUUCCCUCCGUUGCCAGAGCCAACUCCCUCGGUCCGUGUUACUUUUGUCGACGUCAGAGCAAUCGCGGACGAGAACGCAUCUACCUCGAGCCCUAUCGACUGAUUCUGGAGGAAUUACGGCACAAAGAGGCUCGCCUCCUCCUCGACGGUAUUGAGAUGGAGAAGGAGAGAAGAGAGCAAGCGGAAUUGGAACGUCUGGAUCAUGAGGAGGAUCUGGACGCUACCACAACGCGCACAGUCUAUAAAAAAGGUUCAACUGAGGUGUCCUCUUCAGACAGCACUCAGACACCAGUAACAGACUCCAAGGUUGACCCACCGACCAAAAAACUGGAACUACUAGUCACAGUGGAGGAUGUCUACUUCCUUGUCAACGACGUCUGGGACAACAAGUCUGCCCUUUCCGGCUGUUCUCAGUUGGCGGAUCUAGUUCUUUGUCGGUGGCAUGUGGCAGAUCCCUGGGCACCCUGGAACACCUUUCUGGUGACCCGUAAAGAAGCCGAGCUCCACUAUGACCUGGAGAGCCUUGGUCUGGAGAACGUUUACGCGGAAGCGAUGAUUCGAAGGGUGCGUCAGCGUCUAGUCAUUGCCAGGUACGCCUUCAGUCGCCUCUGUCCCGCUGGCGAGAGGCUAGCGCAGGAGUGCAAGAAGAUACGCGUGUCGGCACGCACGCCAGUGGACACCAACGAAUGGCGAAUGGCUCAGCGGCAUCCUCUUCCCGCGGUAGGGCCCCCGCUCUACAUAACCACUCCGGAGGAUCGACAUAAGCCUACACUGCAGCCUCCGAGGGCUCUGCUGCCGAUUAUCCGGGGUGAGAAGCGAUUCCACAACUACGGCCUAAAAGGCUUCAAGGAGUUGCCGCCCUGGUGA